AUGGGCUGGUGCCGGCGGCUGGGGCUGCUGGGCGGGCUGGCCCUGUGGGCACGGCACCUCCGGGGGGCGGCGGGGGCCGGGGGGGGGCCCGAGGGGCAGGGAGCCGAGAGCGGGGAGCUGGAGCUGAGGCUGGUGCAGGUGGUGUUCCGACAUGGCGCCCGCACCCCGCUGCGGCCCCUCCCGGGGGCGGCGCCGGUGGAGUGGCACCCCCGGCUGCUGGAGGUGCCCGCUCGGACCAAGCUGGACUACACGGUGACCGACCUCAACGGGGGCCCGCGGCCCCCCUCGCGCUACGAGGAGAACUACAAGAAGACGACGUUCAAGGGCGGUGCGAGCGGGCAGCUGACGACGGUGGGGAUGCAGCAGAUGUUUGCCCUGGGGGAGAGGCUGAGGAGAAGCUACGUGGAAGAAGCCAACUUUCUCUCACCGACCUUUAAGCCUGCUGAAGUCCUCGUCCGUUCCACUAAUAUUUUCCGGAACCUGGAGUCCACACGGUGCCUGCUGGCUGGGCUGUACCAACAGCAGAAAGAAGGAUCUGUUGUCAUUGUCACUGAUGAAGCAAGCUCAGAAAUCCUCUACCCCAAUUACCACAACUGCCAGCGCCUGAAAUGCUUGAACAGGCAGAAGUUGAAGAAUGCUCUGCUACAGCCAGGUAUCUCUGAUGACUUGAAAACAAUUAAGGAGAAGAUGGGUAUUGACGGUGAUAAGUCUGUGGACUUUUUUCUUCUCCUUGAUAACCUUUAUGCUGAGCAGGUGCAUGGGUUGCCGAGCUGCCCUGUGCUGAAGAACUUUCAGCAGACAGUUGAGCGUCGAUCCGUUGACUCGCUGCUUUUCUUUCUGGAAGACGGUUCAAGAGAAGUUCUUCAGAUGUGUGUUGGUGUCCUUUUCUAUACCUUACAGAAGAACAUUACAGAAGCAGCAGAUUCCUCAUCUCCAGCUGAAAAGGCCAGAAAGCUUAUUCUCUAUGCUUCUCAUGACGUUACCCUUAUUCCUCUCCUGGUGGCCCUGGGCACCUUUGAUCACAAGUGGCCCCCUUACGCUGCGGAUGUGACCCUGGAAUUGUAUCAGCACCGGCAGUCCAAAGAGUGGUUUGUUCGCGUGUCUUACCAUGGGGAGGAGCAAGUGGUGAAAGGAUGUAGAGCAGGUCUCUGCCCACUGGAAGAAUUUCUAGAAGUACUUUCACAGUAUUCAGUCACUCCAGAGGAAUACAAUAACCUGUGCUCCCAAAUGGAGGAGAAUCAGCAAAGUGACUCGUAAAUAGUUCUUAAAUUAAACCGUUUAUUGUCACAA